GUCCUCGUCUAAUCAAUCUCCGCCUCCCUGCCUCCAUACCCUGACCGGACCCCGAUCCCGCCGGCGUCUCGCGGAAUCGCGGCGGUCAAAGCCUAUACGCCACCCCACCUCACGUCGCGCCGCAUCGCCGCGGUUUCCGCGUGCUAGUGCUCUCGGGAGCUCGGAUCAGAGGGGCGGGCUAGGGUUCGCCAAUCGCCAGCGUGGGUACUGCCGUCGGGCGCCGGCGGCCGAGUAGUACGAGGAGAGAUGGACGCGUUCCUGCACAGGCUCAAGCGGCUGGACGCGUACCCCAAGGUGAACGAAGAUUUCUACAAGCGGACGCUCUCCGGAGGCAUCGUCACGCUCGUCGCCGCCGUCGUUAUGCUGCUCCUCUUCAUCUCCGAGACCAGGUCAUAUUUUUAUUCGUCAACAGAGACUAAGUUAGUCGUGGACACAUCAAGAGGGGAAAGGCUACGAGUAAAUUUUGAUAUUACUUUUCCGAGCAUUCCUUGCACACUCCUCAGCGUUGAUACAACGGAUAUUAGUGGAGAGCAGCAUCAUGACAUUAGGCAUGACAUCGAGAAAAGAAGAUUAAAUUCACAUGGUAAUGUUAUUGAAGCAAGAAAAGAAGGCAUUGGCGGAGCAAAGGUCGAGAGGCCGUUGCAAAAACAUGGAGGAAGGCUUGACAAAGGUGAACAAUAUUGUGGCACGUGUUAUGGUGCUGAAGAGUCGGAUGAGCAAUGCUGUAAUUCUUGCGAAGAAGUCAGGGAAGCAUAUAAGAAGAAAGGGUGGGCUCUAACAAAUCCUGACCUAAUUGACCAGUGUGCAAGAGAGGAUUUUAUUGAUAGAGUUAAAACUCAGCAAGAUGAAGGUUGCAAUGUCCUUGGCUUUUUAGAUGUCAGUAAAGUUGCUGGAAAUUUUCACUUCGCCCCAGGCAAAGGAUUUUAUGAAUCAAACAUAGAUGUGCCUGAGCUGUCAUUACUUGAGGGUGGUUUCAACAUUAGCCACAAAAUAAACAAACUGUCCUUUGGGACAGAAUUCCCUGGUGUUGUUAAUCCACUUGAUGGUGCUCAGUGGACACAGCCAGCUUCAGAUGGGACAUACCAGUAUUUCAUAAAAGUUGUCCCUACAAUAUACACUGAUAUUAGAGGACGCGGUAUUCAUUCAAACCAGUUCUCGGUAACGGAACAUUUUAGAGAUGGAAAUGUUCGUCCGAAAUCCCAACCUGGAGUAUUUUUCUUCUAUGAUUUCUCACCUAUAAAGGUGAUAUUCACAGAAGAAAAUAGAUCCCUACUCCACUACCUGACAAACCUUUGUGCUAUAGUGGGAGGUGUGUUCACCGUUUCUGGUAUCAUUGACUCGUUCAUAUACCAUGGACAGAAGGCGCUCAAGAAGAAAAUGGAGUUAGGCAAAUACAGAUGAUCAACUUGGACCUUGUACUGGCCCCGUCGUUUCCAAAUUUUGAGGCAUGUAAGGAGCUUAUAUGCCUGCUAAACAUGACGAGUACCACUUAAGUCGGAGACUGCAAGGCCAUCAAACUGAUGUUAUUGCACAUUAGCUGAUCAGAUAACUUGUAAAAUGACAAGGAAUAGCCUGGUCUGAGGGGUGGGUGGCGGUGUGUGUGGGUGUGUGCUUUGAUGCCUAUCAUUGUUGACUGUUGUUGAAUGACAUGUUUGAAGGUGGAUAGGUCAGAUCACAGAAUGUUUCUCAUGAAAGUUUGUUCAAGGAAACAGCUUCACUCAUGGUGUC